AGAGAACAAAACCAUAUAUCUAUCUUCAUGAAUCGAUCAAACACUCACGAGAACAAAACCACAUAAACUAGUCAAAUUAAGGAACAAUAGAGGAGUUACAUUAAAAAAAAGUUAGAGGUCCAAUGGCGGAGAAAGAAGAGGAUGUGAAACUUCUAGGUUUUUGGGCAAGCCCUUUUAGUCGUAGAGUCGAGAUGGCUCUCAAGCUCAAAGGAGUGCCUUACGAGUACUUGGAGCAAGAUAUAGUAAACAAGAGCCCUUUGCUUCUCCAACUAAAUCCAGUUUACAAGAAGGUUCCAGUUCUUGUCCACAAAGGUAAAGUAUUAUCCGAGUCACAUGUGGUCCUCGAAUACAUCGACCAAAUAUGGAAAAACAAUCCAAUUCUUCCUCAAGAUCCUUACGAGAAAGCCAUGGCUCUAUUCUGGGCCAAGUUCGUUGAUGAACAGGUUGGACCAGUAGCCUUUAGGUAUGUGGCAAAAGCAGAGAAGGGAAUAGAGGUUGCAAUCAAGGAGGCUCAAGAACUCUUUAUGUUUCUUGAGAAGGAAGUCACUGGAAAAGAUUUCUUCGGUGGCGAAACAAUUGGAUUCUUGGACUUGGUCGCAGGAAGUAUGAUCCCGUUUUGUCUUGCUCGAGGUUGGGAAGGUAUGGGAAUUGAUAUGAUACCAGAGGAAAAGUUUCCAGAACUAAACCGAUGGAUCAAGAAUUUGAAAGAAAUUGAGAUCGUGCGAGAAUGUAUUCCUCCUAGAGAGAAACAAAUUGAGCACAUGAAGAAAGUUGUAGAAAGAAUCAAACCGGCCUAAGAGACAACAAUCAUACUUUUCAAUCGACAGAUCUUAACUAUAUGUUUGUAUAAUCUCGUUUUAUAAAAGUUGUAUGAACAAGUAGUGUUUUUACAAAAUUCUAAAUAUAAGUUAAUUAUGAUAAACAUUUUUAAUGUA